AUUUUGUUUGCUGAAUCAUUUUCACUGCUUCGCCGCAAAUAUUUAAUUAGGUGCAACACAAACGGUUAAAAUCCAAUCAGUCAAGAGUGAAUUUUACAACUUAAAACAUUUCAAUCGCUUGCAGUAGUCAUGCAGAAGUCAUUGCUACUAAUUGCUGCUUGCCUAGCCGUAGCCUUGGCAGUGGAACCGCAACUCUUGCGAGUACCGUUAAUCAAAUUCCAAUCUGCACGCCGGCAUUUUGCAGAAGUCGGCACCGAGUUGCAUCAAUUGCGCAUUAAAUAUGGCGCCGUCGCUGCUCCCGAACCGCUCUCCAAUUAUCUGGAUGCCCAAUACUAUGGCCCUAUAUCGAUUGGCUCACCGCCGCAAAAUUUCAAAGUAGUUUUCGAUACAGGCUCUUCCAAUCUAUGGGUGCCAUCCAAAAAAUGUCACCUGACCAACAUCGCUUGCUUGAUGCACAACAAAUACGAUGCCAGCAAAUCGUCGACAUACAGUAAGAACGGCACCGCAUUCGAUAUACACUAUGGCUCGGGCAGUUUGUCUGGUUACUUAUCAAGCGACAUAGUCAACAUUGCCGGCUUGGAUAUCAAGGGUCAAACAUUCGCUGAGGCUUUGAGUGAACCUGGUUUGGUCUUUGUCGCCGCCAAAUUCGAUGGUAUCCUUGGAUUGGGCUAUAGUUCGAUAUCUGUGGAUGGCGUUAAGCCACCAUUUUACAGCAUGUUCGAACAGAGUUUAAUCGCGCAGCCGGUGUUUUCAUUCUACUUGAAUCGUGAUCCCGCGGCGCCCGAAGGAGGUGAAAUCAUUUUCGGCGGCUCUGAUACCAAUCAUUAUACGGGCGAUUUCACCUAUUUGCCUGUAACACGCAAAGGUUACUGGCAAAUCCAAAUGGAUUCCGCUCAAAUAAAUAAUGUGGAGCUGUGCAAAGGUGGCUGUCAGGUAAUUGCUGAUACGGGCACUUCGCUAAUCGCAGCACCUGUUGCCGAAGCCACCUCAAUCAAUCAGGCUAUCGGAGGCACACCCAUUGUGGGUGGACAGUAUAUCGUCUCUUGUGACUUAAUACCCAAUUUGCCUGUCAUCAAAUUCGUACUGGGCGGCAAAACGUUUGAGCUGGAAGGGAAGGAUUAUAUUUUACGCGUUGCUCAAAUGGGAAAAACUAUUUGUCUGUCCGGCUUCAUGGGUAUGGAUAUACCACCACCAAAUGGUCCCCUCUGGAUUCUGGGCGAUGUCUUCAUUGGCAAAUACUAUACUGAAUUCGAUAUGGGCAAUGACCGUGUUGGCUUUGCCGAUGCCAAGUAGAGCAGUCUAUCAAACCAUUUUUAUCAAUUCUAUUAUAUACACUUAUAACCUAAUGCAAAAGGCAACUUAACAUUUAUAAUUGUAAUCUAUAACAUGUGAAAAAAUGCAUAUUGCUAG